AUAUAUACGUCGUGUCGGUCUUUUCAUUCAUCCUUGACGCUUUGACACCCGGACGUCAGAACUGCAAUCCGCUCUCAAACGUGUUAGCAACAUCGUUCCUCAAACAACAUUUAUUUAUCGUUUCGAAUCAUCCGUCAAAUUUUUACACGUACACUCUCUCCUCUCUCUCUCUCUCAAUUUCCUGAAUGAAAAACACGACAAUCGAAUUUUACGCGAGAGCUUCAGGAAAAAUCGGUAAUGGAUAUACAUAUAUAUAUAAAUAAAGAGUGAACAGUGAUGAUGUGAAUUUAAAAUAAAAAAAAAAAAAAAAAGAGUAUCAAAAAAGUGAAAAAAGAGUUUAUAUGAUAAACUGACAAAUGUGAAAAUUGAUAAGAGCAAUUAUGGAGAAUGGGACUUUAAUAAAUGAUACGAGGGACGAGGAGCUAGCAAAAUGGGAAAUUGGCAUUUUGGCAUGUUUAUUCGUUAUAAUUAUUAUUGGCAAUUCCCUCGUUUUAUUCUCAAUUUAUUUAAAAAGACAUUAUGGACAAAGAAAAAAAUUAACAAGAAUGCAUUUUUUUAUUAUGAAUUUAAGUGUCGCUGAUUUACUCACUGCUAUUCUUAAUGUAUUUCCACAAAUGGUGUGGAAAAUCACUUUCAGAUUUCAGGGAGGACCGAUCCUCUGCAAAUUAAUAAAAUUUGGUCAACCAAUUGGUCCAUAUUUAAGUUCCUACAUACUAACAGCGACAGCUAUAGACAGAUAUCAUGCCAUCUGUUUUCCCUUCAGUUAUUGUCGUACUACGUCAAGAAGAUCAAGGAUUAUGGUCUACAGUGCUUGGAUAAUUGCUCUCAUACUAUGCACACCACAAAUUUUUAUAUUUUCAUAUCAAUUAAUUUCACCAGGAGUUUGGGAUUGUUGGGCUACAUUUACAGUGCCUUAUGGACAAGAAGCCUAUGUCACAUGGUACAGCAUUUCUGUUUUUCUACUUCCAUUCACUGUUUUAGUCUAUACAUAUACAGGAAUUUGCAUUGGAGUUUGGAAAAACAGUGGAGUAUCGGACCCAUUAGAAAUUGGAUAUAAAAAAAAUUCGAAUAUUAUUAAAAAAAAACAAAGUCCAUUAAUAACAAAAGCGAGGGUAAAUACGAUGAAGCAAACAAUAGUUGUUGUUACUCUAUAUUUUUUAACUUGGAGUCCAUUUAUUGGCUGUGAACUAUGGAUGGCUUGGGAUCCAGUAAGAGCCUCAAAUUCUUCCAUUUUCGAUGGUCCAUUAUUUACUGUUCUUUCACUAUUAAGCUGUCUGACGAGUUGUGUAAAUCCAUGGAUAUACAUAGCAUUUAAUUCUGAACUGCGAAUCCUCUUAUUAAAUUUUCUACGGAAAAUAACAAGACAUAAAUAUUCACCAACGUCAGAUGAUAAUUCAAAAAUUGGACAUUCAAAUGAACCCUCAACAACGUCCUCAUUGAUCUCAAAAGUAUCAACGUGUCCAACUACGGUAAAGCCAAUUUACACGGAAGUAAGGGAACGAAAUAUUUCAUAAUUUUAUUUUUAAAUAUAUGUGAAAAAUAGUCAACAAAAAUAGUUUUACUUAGAAAUAAUGAGUUUAUAAUUUAUUUAAUUAUUUAUAAACAAAAAAUAGAGAUAUGACGAAAUUGAAUAUUUAUUAAUUUUUUAAUAAAUAAAUUGAAAUUGAAUAUAAAUAA